AUGCGUGCCCUUGCGGCGCCAGGCACAAUCGCGCACAUGCACGAGCAGCUCAAGCCCGAAAUGUCUGAAGGAAUAUGGCUCACCCACCUCCCCGGCGGACAGAUCCCACCGCUCCGGCUCGUGGUCGCGGGCGACGCAGUUUACGGUGACGUGCACCAAUAUUUUGGCGAAGCGACCACGGUCGAGAAGCGGAAGGAAUGGCUGCGUGUCCUGGAUAGAUCGAGGCCCUGGAACCGUAUACCGUGA